CAAAAAGGUAACGAAAGUGAGUCAGUCGCCUUCUGGACUUUGACAUUGACAGACGCAAUCAUGGGAGCCGAUGCUGUGCCCAUUGCCGUGGUGACGGGAUUUUGGGCCGUCGUGGGCAUCAUUCUGCCUUUUAUUCUUGGCAAGGGACCGAAUAAAGGCGUGAUCCAGACAGUGCUAGUCAUUACGGCAGUUACAUCUUGGCUCUUUUGGUUGCUGUGUUAUAUGCACCAAAUGAAUCCUCUCAUAGGACCACAGUUACACAACACAACAAUCCUGGCCAUUCGGUAUCUCUGGGAUGGAUCCCUGAGCCUUGAUGACUUCAAUGAAACAACAACAACAGGCACCAUGGAGACAACAACAGCAGCACACAUCUAACAAGCAAGACCCAAGGAAGAAGCUGAUAUCCCCCCCCCCCCCCCCCCCCCCCCCCCCCCCCCCCCAGGAAAUCCUCAAGCUUGGAAUCCAACAGUGAUUCUCAUUUUAGUCUGGGGUUCCCAUUCUUCCGUCUUUCAAAUUUGGCUCGUGAUCAUUAUGCCAGCUCAAAGAUCCAUCGGCUCUUCUUCCUCUGUCCCUUUUAGUGCUAAGAUAUGUAAAUGCUAUUUAUAUCAUUACUUAGAGGUGAUGUGUUGCUGUGCGAUGGAGGCCUUAUGAUAUAUAUGUAGUCUUGUGUGUACAUAUUGAAAGGGAGUCGCAAAAUUCCAGUAUUUUUUUUUUUUUUUUUUUUUAAUAUAUAUAUAUAUAGUAUUGUUUCUGAAUGCCAUUGAAAUAAUAAAUGUUCUAUUUUUUUUAAACAUCUGCUCUUAAGCCUGAAAAUUUUAAACCUGUAUCCCUUCUCGACUCUCGGUCAUGUCCAUUUGUUAAUAUUGAUGUAUAUACAUAUAAUUUUAGACGGUGCUUCAUAAACAGCAUUUGUUAAAGGUUAUCUCCUCAUCAGCAGCUUGUUGUCAGUCUCUCUAACGUCUGUAUGUAAGCAGUUACAACACACCGUGAGUCUGUUUAAAUUUAAAAAAACAGCCUGAUAGGAGAUAACACAAUGCACAACAUUCCAGUUCUGGCAAGCUGCUAAUUCGAAGAAUAUAUUUUGUAAAAUGGUAUUGGUGUUUUAGUCUUGUUCAUAAUUGUAAAAUACAUGAUGAGUUAUUCA